AAUUUUAUUCAUCAAGUACGUCUAUUAUUUUAGUAUGUAGUUAAUAUCGAAACGUUUGGCUUUAUUUACAACCAAACCGUGAUGGUUUGUAACAGAAAUGUACAGCUAACACGAUGCGGAAAUGAAGAGCUGAGAACAGUCCUGACUCUGCUGCCCUUUCCCCACCAUGGCCGCCUCCUCAUCAGUUGGAGAUAAUCAACUGCAGAGGAUAAUCAGGGAUCUGCAUGACGCUGUGUUAGAGUUGAGUAAAGAACACAAGGAGUGCGGUGAACCCGUAACUGAUGACAGCGCCAACCUGCGGAAGUUCUUCUAUAAACUUGAAUACCUGCUACAGUUUGACCAGAAAGAGAAGACAACGUUUCUCGGUCAGAGAAAAGACUACUGGGAUUACUUCUGCGACUGCCUGAUUAAGAUCAAGGGAGCUAACGAUGGCAUCCGUUUUGUUAAAUCCAUCCCUGAGUUGAAGACAUCACUGGGGAAAGGAAGGGCCUUCAUCCGCUACUCGCUCGUUCACCAGCGACUUGCUGACACACUGCAGCAGUGUCUUAUAAACGAGAAAAUCACAAGUGACUGGUAUUAUGCCCGAAGUCCUUUCCUCAAGUCUCACCUCACUGCUGACAUAAUCAGCUAUCUCUAUGAGCUCAAUCAAAUCCAAUUUGAUGUGGCAGCCAGAGGUUACGACCUUGAUGCCGAUUGGCCUUCCUUUGCGAGGCGAACGUUAGGAACUGGCUCAUCGGCUUACCUGUGGAAGCCUCCCAGUCGCUGCUCCAGCAUCAACAGUCUUGUUAGCAGCUACUCACACUCACAGGCCCAGGAGUUUCUCCCAAUCCCAGACUUGAGUCCUGGUGUUAUUGAACUGGGAGAACCCUCUCCUUGCAGCAUCGCAGAGAACCUCCGCAUUGAGCUCGACCAGUCCGAGCUCAGACAGCAAGAGCUUUUGGUACAGGUUCAGGAGUUAGACAGAGAGGCUGCUGAGCUGAAGGGCGUGGUUAAAGACCUUCAAGGUCAGCUGUUAGCAGCUCAGAGGUCCUCUGACCACCCGGCAGGCGAAAGAAACCAAUAUACUGAUAAUCAGGAGAGAGCAAAUCACUUUCAAACUUGUAGGGAAGCAAUAAACGGUGAACUUCAAGAUAGACUCACAGCUGCUGAGAACAAAAAUAUGGAGCUUCUCUCUAAGUUGGAUGAGGCUCUUAAAGAAAAGGGACAACAAACAGCUAGCUACUGCGACUCAGCCUGGAAAAUCCAGGAACUCCUGGAUAAACUUAAAACAGCUGAGGAGGAGAGGUUGGAGGCAAAGAGAGAGGCUGAGGACAGGGCCAGGCACUCUGAGCGUCUGUCCCAGGAACUAAAACUCAGGGAAGAAGAGUUGAGGAACAGUGAGGGCAAGCUGGCUGAAGUAAAAGCCGGGGCCCAUGACGAGCAUGAGGAGGCGCUCAAACGGUUGGAGGAGCUCCAAAGUGCAGUCAGUCGAAUUCAGGGGGCGCUGACUUUGAAAGAGAAGGAGACAGGGAAUUUGAGAGCCCAGCUUCAGGAUCUACAAGCGUCACUGGAGGGCAGAGAGCGACAGGCAGAGGAGCUGAGGAAAAGACUGCAGGAGGAGAGGGAGGAGGAAGAGCAGAGAUGUAGCACGAGCAAUAGCCAGAAUGAGGAACUCGAGAGCCAGCUCCUCAAUGUAAGAAAGACUCUGAAAAGCAGAGAGAAAGAGCUAACCAUUAGUUCAGAGAGAAUUAAGCAUUUAGAGGAGCAGUUGGAGAAGCUAAACAUUGAGAAUGAAAGUCUGACCUCUAGACUUGCUGAUAAUGAGGAUGUUUCAUGUGAUCAAACCAAGAACCUUGAGGACUACAAAACCCAAUGCAGUAGUCUUGUGGAAAUAAACGCUAAGCUUCUCCAAACAGUUAAAAAGAGUGAGGAGACCAUUACAGAGUUGACUGAAAGCCGGACAGCCUUGUUAGACCAGCUACCUUCUUUGAGGGCAUCCGAGAAGCAUUUAACAGGCAGAGUUGAGGCCGCCAACAUGUGUGUGGAAGAUCGGGAGAAGAAGCUUCUGGAUGAAAACCUGCAUUUGGAGGAGACUUUCCAGAAGGCGCUUGUCCAGAAGGAAGUAUCUGAUGCUCAACUAAGGAAGCUAGAGCACGAGAACAGGGAGCUUCUUGAGGUUCAGUCCUCUUUGAAGAAACAGUUGGCCAGAACGCAACAAGAAGUGGACUCGCUCUCUGCCAAAGCUGCAAAGUUGGACAAGAACCUCACAGUGUCCCAAAGAAGCCAAGCAGAGUUACUUGAAAAACUACAGGAAACUGAGGCUAAACUGAGAGACCAGACUGUUAAAUGUGGGCUUCUGCAAGCUAGAGCAGAGGAGCUGGAGAGCAGGACUGGAGAGCUGAACGAUGAAAAAGGAGCUGCAGAGAGUAAUGAAAAAAUGCAGAAGCUUCACGAUGAGCAUCAGACGUCCUCAGUAGAAACCAAAGAGGCCCCUUUCAGGCUAGUUAUGGCUGAGGCUCAACUAGAACUCAACCUACGGGAGGUGCACCGGCUCCAAGAAGAGGUGGUGGAGCUCAGGGCUCAGCUUCUAGCAGGAACUGAGGAGAGGAUGAAGGCUCAGGCACUGCACGAGGUGACAGAGUCCUCCAGAGAAGACCUCCGUGUCUUAGCAGAACAACUCAAAGCUCAGGUAGAGGAGCUAAACCGCAGGCAUGUGGAUGAGAUUCUUCGAUCCCGGGAACGAGAGGAGGCUCUUAUCCGUGAGCGUGACGGCGAGGCUCAGGCUCGAGCAGGUCUGGCUGCGGAGGUGACGGCCUCCAGAGAGGAGCUCAAUAAACUGAAGCUGCGUUACGAAGCCUUGUGUCUGGAGAACAAUGAAUCUAGGGAGGCGCUCCACAGAGCCAACACCGAAACAGCUGAACUCGGCGUCCAUGUGUGUAUGCUAACCGCCGAGAAUGAAGAGGCUCGUCUGCGCUGGGAGGGCUUGUCAACAAGGCUGCAAGAGCUGGAGGAGGAGGCGACUCAGGAGGCAGAGAGGCUGAAUACCUGCAUGGAGCAGCUACGUCAGGAGAACCAGCGACUCCACGAUGAGCUCCAUAAUGAGGAGGGUUUGUUGGCGACCAAGCAGAAGCUGCAGCAAGAGCUGAGCAAGAACCAACAUGAGGCUGAAGCUGUGCUGGAGACAAGUAAGGGGGAGAUUGAGGCCCUCCGCUUCCAGCUUAGCGGCCAAGCCAUGAGCCACGGCAGCCAGCUCCAGACUGUGAAUCAAGAGCUACAGGAAGUGAAAUUACAGCUGAGGACUGAGCAGGAGAAAGUGGUUAAGCUGGAGGUCAAACUCAAACAGCUAGAGGCUGAGAAUCAGAGAUAUUGCCAACAGAUUGAGGAGAAAAACAUCCAGAUGGCCGAGUCUGAAAAUCUCAUCCAGCAGAAAGAAGACGAGAUAAGCCAUCUGAAAGGGAAUUUAUCAAGGUCAGAGGAUGGUCUAGCAGCAGCUCAGCGGGCCUACCAGGAGAUGAGUGAAAAUCUACGGAGAGUCACACAGGACAAACAGAGCUUUGAUCUUAAAACAGCUGCUGAACUUGAUGAUCUUUACCGCACCAAAAUCAAUUUGGAAGAAAGGCUUGUAGAACUCAUCAGGGAGAAAGAUGCACUUUGGCAGAAGACAGAUGCCCUGGAGUUUGAGCAGAAACUAAGGGAUGAGGAGACGGAGAGGGACGUCAACUACUGUCUGGGCUGUCACAGUCAGUUCAGCUGGUUUCUCCGUAAGCACACCUGCAGACUGUGUGGGCGUCCCUUCUGCUACUACUGCUGCAGUAACACAGUGAGCACUCAGCAGGGCGGCAACAGAGAGCGCUGCUGCAGGGACUGUUACAAUCAGCACAGCGCAGUAGUUGAGCGCCACCCACAGGAGGAAGGGACUAGCAGCACGCCAGGGACACCUUUCAGGCGCCUGCUGCAGGCUGGGAUAGCUGUGACCAGUCUUUCAGGAGCAGAUGAAGGUUGCAAGCUGGAUGAUGGGGUUUUUGACAUCAUCACAGAUGAGGAAGUGAGCGGGGUGAACGACAGUGACUCCCUCUCUUUUUCUACUGCCUGCUCUCCUAGACACGGACAGCAGGGGGCAGCACAGCUAAACAGCAGUGCCAGUGCAGGAGACAUCACAUCAGAAGAUACGGAGGACCUCAGUGCUGCAGUACAGGAUGCAGAGAUCUGCCUGCUGAAGUCUGGAGAACUCACGCUCUCUGUCAGCUUCACGGUGGAUGACAUCUCAGGGUUUGGGGACAGCUCGCGAGAGCUCUUCAUCAAGUCCAGCUGUUACAGCACCGUCCCCAUCACUAUGAGCACUCCUGGUCCUACUGUCACUUGGACGUUCACCUCUGAACCUAAGAGCAUCUACUUCAGUGUGGUCUUCAAGGAGAGUGCAGAGACUCCACUGGAGCAGGCCAAGGUCUUGAUCCCACUGACUCGCUGUAACUCCCACAAAGAGACGAUCCAGGGUGAACUGAAAGUCAGAAACCCCGGAGAAUACACGCUCAUUUUUGACAACUCUUUCUCCAGAUUCAUCUCAAAGAAAGUGCUGUAUCAUCUGAGUCUAGACAAGCCUGUGGUCUACGAUGGAACUGACCUCCUCUAAUCGUGACGAGAAACAGGAGAAGCAGGUGUAAAACUGACUUUCAAAACAUUCAGGGUGUUUUAAGCACAUGCUCAUGCUACUGACGUUUAGCAACCUAAAUAAAAGGUUAUGACAUUUAAAAAAUUUCUUUUUUUUAAAAAACAUCUUCUUGAGGUGUUACACAUUCGAUGCGUUGAGAAAGCUGAACAGAAGCUGAAACAAUUAAGUAAAACAAUGUUACACUACUGAAUGUGAGCGUGCACUAUCUUUUUAUAAAAGCUUGAUGUUUAAAUGUAGCAUUAAGAGUAUCAAACUUCACUCCUGCUGUAGGUGUUCGGAGGAUUCUUGACCGUGAAUAAUGCGCGUGUUUGUGUCUGUGUGCGCACAUACAGGUUUCUCACCCACAGAUGUAAAUCCCGUAGGCCACUUUUUCUGCACCCUUGCAGAAGUAAAGCAACAUUUUUACUUUAGCCUGAGGUGCAACUGUUUGAUAAAUCAAGGUUUGUUCUCCUUAUUUUCCUCGUCUCAUAAGACUAAUUGCUUUUAAAAUGGGAUUAAUGUGCUCUCUGAACAGUACAUUCCCAAUACGAGUGGGAGACACGGUCAAAAUCCUGUCACAGUAUGUGUUAUUUUAUGUUGUGAUAUCAAUAUUUAUCAUGAUUUAUUGAUAUCCCAGAAAAUCAAUUGAGGAAUUGUAUAAAGAACCAGACAGAAAUGUCUGUUUUUGAAUCAUCUAGGCAAUUAAAUCAAAUCAAGGUACUUCAUCACAUUGAUGCAGAAAAACAUAAAAAUACACUAUUGCCAUUAAUUAUACCCUGCUUAUUGAUAUUCAGCUUUACCCACAAUGGCCUAAUACGCUCAGAGAUGUUAAAGAGCAUUUAUGUAACAUAAGCGUUCAUGUAAAUGUUACAUGAAUGAGACAUGACUGGAAACAAGCAGUAGAUUUAUGUUAAUGUUGCUGUUUAAUUUGCCUAAACUACUUUAAGUUUGAAAAUGUAACCUUAAUUGACCUUAACUGAGUUUGUUUUACUUACCAUUAGCGAACCUUUUCAUGUAACUAACUCUUAAUGAACUAACUUUUAAUUGGUGUAUUGAUAUCAUGCUGUAGAAUUAGCCUUCAUUGGUGGAGAGAUGUACUCCUCAUAGUUUUUGUAUCCAAAGCAAAGUUCAAAGUUCAUGCUCAUUUUGCAGACAGUUGCAGUAUCAUCAAGAUUUUUGUCAGAAAUGACAGCAUGUGUUUCAAUCACAAUGAAGCAUAACAACUUAACACUCAAGGUUAAAAUAUAGGGAGUGCAUAUCAAAAUGUAAGUUAUAGUGUUUUAAAAAUUUAGUUUAACUUGAAUCAUCAUGUUUUGUCAAAAUGAGGAUUUUUGCAUUAAAUAUAGUGAAGACAUCAGCUUCAGUGACAUUUUGUCUUAAGAUACAUAAAGCCUUUAGAUGAAGAAACAUUUGUUUUGGGGAAAAAAACAAUUAUAAUGAGAAUUCCUUUUUUUAUGGAGCACUUUUAUAGAUGGAAAGAGAUGUACACUUGCUGCGUGAUGUUACUAAAUAACUUCUGCAGUGUGUCAAACAGAAAUAGUUUGAAUCUCAGCACAAAGCCUUUAAAUAACACAAGUCCAAAAAAUCACUUUUGUACUUCUACUUGUCUUAUAUGGACCUUUUUAUUUGAAGGCUUUAAUGUUGACAUUUACUUUGAGUGUCUUCACACUGGUCAUUUAUUAAUAUACUGACUGAUUUUAGCUGAAACACAUGAGUUUUUGCCCACAAUAAACAAGAAGACCGUUUAUGUGGUAGUGCCUGUAUUGUGUUUGUUAGGAUUCUUGAUACAACCGAUGCGGUGUUUAAUAUUUGGAGCUGCGUGCACUACACAUUUUCACCAUAAAUUCACAUACUGACUUGAAUAUACUGAAACACUGCUUUUCUCUCCGUCAGAGCAUUUACAAAUUAUAAAAUGUCUUCCACUGUUUUGAAUCCAUUUUGUAAUUUAUAUUUUGAAUGUGAUACGAGGAAAGAAGAAGGUAAAAUACAAAUGACACUUUUUAUACAUAUCUGAAUAAGAAGAGUGACAUAUUGCCAAAUAUAUUGGGGAAACAUAUUUGUCUAUUUUAUUGUUGUUAAAUGGGAGUUUCUAUUUAAAGGCAUUGCAAUAGAUGCACUUUUGAAAGGGCUUUUUGGCAGUCUGUAUCCCAUGAGCCUUUGUACCAGUGGAUGAAUGUUUCUUUUCUUUUUCUUUGGAUGAUUGUAGACGUUUAAUGCUGGAUUUGUCAGAGGGAACCUCUCACUCUCUGACCUGUAAAUGAUUGUUGACAAAUGUUUUAUUGAAAUAUAAUUUACAUACUAAAGAUUAAUAGAAUGGAUUUAUGAUUGUGGACAAAUAAAUAAGGAUUGUGUGAUAACUC